AGCAAAAGAGCUGCCAUGCUGGGCUCUUUCGGUUAAAGGGGCCCCCGCAUCAGACGGCAUUGCUUGCAGGCAGGGUCUGGCGGCGGGCGAUCUUCGGCGACGGCGUGCGCGGCGCUGGCGACGAGCGAGGCGGGUAUAAAUGAUUUAUUUUAAAAGCGCUACGCUUUCCAGCCCCGCGAUCAGUUGCACUUGUGAUGUCGACGAGGUAGCAAAUAGCCGUUCGAAGUUGACUCGUUGGUGUGUUGGAGUUUGAGGAAGAAGUUUUGUAUAGGAAGUUCGGGAGGUACAAGAUAGCACAGACAGCGAGAGAGAGGGAGGUCCAAGUGCGUCGAGACGAUUCCCAAGGGGACAGCCCCGCAAAAAGGAGAAACUACUGGACUGUGUUGUUUUUUGUUUUUCGAAGUUUCGAACGCCAAGGGUUUGCCAAGGCUAGUGUCUCGCACCGCCAAGGACAGCCAAAACCGAGAUCGAGCAUUGUAGGUAUUCGUCGAAGCGCAGAGAUCCAGACGAAUAGCAUCACGUAGAUGCUACUGAAAACAAAAAAUAAAACAAGUCAGUGUCCUUUGAGCGUCGGUGACUGCCGCGAGGAGGAACGAAUCGUGUAAACUGCAUCAGAAGAAACUACCGAAGAAGGAACGGAGGGAAGAAAUAUGUUUUGAGUGAUUUCAGUCCAAGCAAGCCACGCGUAUACGAUCACGAAGUCUGUAGAUUAAGUGUGUAGAACCGAGUAGAAACCACAUAGCAACAACGAAGCAAACGCAGUGUGAUAGUUGUUCUUGCUCAACCAAAACUGUGAUUCUGGUUUGGUUGUAACUAAAUUUAGAAACAAAAAAUAAACAGGAAAAACACAAGAAGCAAGUGGUUGUUGUAAUAACUGUUUACAAAAUUCCCAAGCCUACUGUGAGCGUUGGCAUAGUUGUUUUCAUGGGCUGCUGUGGUGCGCAUAGGCUGAGACGAGGCGUUGCCGCUUAUCACGAAGACUCUUGGUAGACGACGACUGCAACCGCGCAAGGAAAGAGGGACACCCGCGAGCCCUUUCCACCGCCGACAAGUAGUGUACUUUGUGUUGUUUUCGGAAUUGUUCGCUUCCCACACAACACGGGCUAUUAAUAACUGGUACUGGCUUGAUUUGUGUUGACCCUUGAACCCCCGCUUGAACAAGUGACUGCCACGCCGAUCGUGUUUUGAAUGUGUACUUUGGAACUCUACUGGAUCGAUUUCAUUUUCAUCUUUAACAAAAAUUGCUCCAAAUCGACGGUCGGGACGACGACGUAUCGCUGGAACACUUUACUGUGCUGCCGACUGAUUAACGAAGGAAUACGUCAAGAUGCAAUCCAGGUCGAUCAACCUGUUCCGAGCCCUGCUGAUGGUGGUGAUGCAGGUGGCACUGCUUUCGCUUUUCGUCAGUCGAGCCCAUGGCUCGCCGUUGGCCUCCCCAUCCGGUAGCAAUGCGGACGGACUAUUACAUCACACUCGUUCCCGAUACUGCGGCCGAAAGCUGACCGAAACACUGGCCCUGCUAUGCCAAGGCCGGUACCCCAUGAUGAGCCAUCAUCGAUCAGAAUACCUCUCGGACCAGCCGCAGCCGCAGGUCGAGGUCGAAGUGGCUACCCUGCCGGACAGCAAUGGUCACGGUUUCCCGUACUCCCGAUCGACUGGUCAUCGUCGGGUCCGCCGAGGCGGAAUCUACGACGAGUGCUGCAAGAAAAGCUGUUCGUACGCCGAACUGAGGAGCUACUGCGAAUGAUACCGAGUUCCGAACUUGUUAGAGUUCGGUGCCGUGGUGCCGCAGCACGGGUCUCCGCCACCGCUUGACGGAGGCCCCAUUCGUCCCGGGUACGGGAGUGCCCGAGAACGUGAUAGCGGCCGACGGCGACGGUGGCAGCAGCGGUAGCGGCAGUUCGGAGUGUGCCCCUGGCCAGCAGAGGAGAAGAGAGAGAGACGCGCCACCUGGCUCCGGGUGGCCGAUUGCUUGGGUAUCUCAGGCACUCCGCCACCCACUCGGAAGAGCAAACCACAAAAAUACAUGUGUAUUCGAUUUUUUUUUAUUUAAUCUUUUCUUUUUCUUACGAAAAGUCAAUGUCGGUGUUUAAAGCCAUACUUAGCUCGUAGAUAGACCAUUAUACAAAUCGAACAAAUUGAAGUAGAAAUCGUAUUGACGCAAUGCCUCCCUUGGAAAUCUUCCGGAAACAGUUGAGGUAGAGUUGUCAAGGACAACUGAAGCAAAAUAUGACUGAAGUAUUUAUAACCUCGGAAAUUUAAGCAUUGAUCGGAUAAUUCCGAGCAAUUCUGGGGAUGCUUAAUCCUUAUUUUACGUACAAUUUUACCAUGACUACUUGUAGAGGUUUUUUAUUGUACACCAGUUCCCCCGCUUCAUUUGCCACUUAUUAUACUUUGAUUUUAUAUUAUACAACAGCAUGUUUAGCAAAAAAAAAAACAUCUCAGCGCUGUUAGCCUACGAUAGUUUCACACUCACAUUAUAAACUAAAUGCAAUCAGAUAAUAUAUUUAUUAUAGGGUGCUUGAAUCAAUCAGCAGUAACCUUUAGCCAUAGGUCUCGAGCGGGCUCAUUUUAGGCUCAAACAACGUUCAUAUCAUUUUAUAUUCCCUAUUUGUUUGUCGUUCGUCUUUUUUCAUAAAACGUGAUCGUGUAUUGCCCAAGUUUUGGCGAUCGAUGUAAUUCAAUGCAAAUAAGUAAAUAGUAAAAAAUGAUAAAUGACACAAAUAAGAAACAAAAUAAAAAGAUUUUUCUCAAUUUA